AUGAUAAUUAAUUCUGUUCUUAAACCUUAAUUCAGGACAACUAAUGGAGUACUGGUUGAAAUUGAGGGGAAACAAUAUGAAAAUAUAAGAUUAUUCGGUUCCUAAGGUACUUAAACCAAUAAUCAAAUCGGAAAUCUAUUAGGUAAUCUAAAGGAUGAGAUAAUAAUCAAAGAAUAUUAUGACAUAAAAUAGGAGGAAAUAGAAGUUCUUGAGUAAAUUAAAAGACUAUAAAGUGAAAAAUAAUCCAAAUGUAAGAAUAUUAUAAAAAUACUUGGAAUUAAGGAUAACAGGAGUAAUUAACAAUCCAAAUAUGAGCCAAAAAUCUAUGUAGCAUUGGAAAAAGGGAAGGGUGAUGUCUUAGCUUUGAUAAAAUAGAAUACACAAUUGCCUUACAUGACUAAACUAAACUUGUUCUUAUAAAUGGUACAAGGAGUUCAAGAAUUACACGACCUUGGUUAUUUCCAUAGAGAUGUGAAACCUGAAAACUUUGUCUAUUUUAUAAAUUAAAACUAGGAAUAUUAAAUUAAAUUAAUAGAUUUUGGUAUUGUAAAGAGAACAGAUACAAUAAAUUAAACUCCUCAAGUAGGUACUUUUAAUUACAUGGCACCUGAAGUUGUUCUAAGUGAAGGCAAUUAUGAUAAAACUGCUGAUAUUUGGAGCCUUGGUAUCACUUUUUAUUAUAUUCUUACUCUAGAAGAAUUUCUUCAAGCUAAAAACGCUACAGCUUUGAGAAAAUAUUUAGUAGAUUUAAAUUAAAAAUAAAUAGAUUAAAUUUUAGAUAAUUCUACUGGUAUUGAAUAGCUUGACAAAUAAUUGCUGUCUUGCAUGUUAUAAUAAAACAAAUCAUUUAGAAUUGGAUUGCAAGAAUUAAUAAAUAAAAUAAACUUCAGAAUAAAAACUUUUUAAUACGAAAAUACUCCAAAUAAAGAUUAGAAAAAAUCACAAUAAAAUAUCUAAUUUUAGAAGUUCUAACAAAAUGUUAAACCAAAUUUCUGCCUAUUUUAAAAUAAUAAAAUAAAUGAAUCUUAAUUUUCUAUAAAGACAAAGCAACAAGUUGAUGAUGAUCCAAAAAAAUUACCCAAUCUUUAAGUCAUAAUUCAAACAUAAUCUAAUUAAUAAGAUUGUCAAUAAUAAAUGUAAUUAUUAACUUUAUAUACUAAAUUGCAGCCCAUAUUUAUGCAAUUCUAGAAAGAUAUAAGAUCAAUGAAAAUAGAAUGUGAAAGCAAUAAGUUUUUCAGUCAAAUGAAAGAAUAGACAGUUUAGCUUUAAGAAACCUUAAGUGAAUAAAAAAAAACUUUGUAGUUUGAUUUUCAUACAUUUUGUGAAAACUAAAAUUUAUUUAAGGAGCGUAUUAUGGCGAUUGAGAAUAAAAAAUGGGGUUACAAAAAUUAAAUAAAAGAUUUGCUUGUGCAAUAGUAAAAAGUUAGCUAGAAAGCAGGAGGAGAAUUGGAACUUCUAAUAAAUUCGGUGAAUGAAAAAAGUAAAGAAAUAAAAUUCACACCUAUGGAUACUAAACUAAUGGAAACUUACGAAAACUUAUAAAAAUAAGAUCUUGAAUUAUAAGAAGAAAUAAUUUAAAUAAAUAGUAUGAUGACUAAUUAUUAAUUAAAUCCGUCAUAAUUAAAUCCAUCAUAAUUAAAUUAGUUAAAAGUAUAGAUUUAAAAAGUAAUUUGUAAAUUAGAUGAUUUAAUGAAGAAAUUACCCUCGGAUUAUGAGAUUCAAGAAUUCAAUAAAUAAUUUAAAUCGAAUUUAGAUUCUUAUUAUAUAUAAUAUGCUUUAGUUAAUUACAUAAAGUAGUUUCAUAUCACAAAAUAUUAUGAAAGAAUAAGAGUCUAUCAUAAAAAAUAAAAAAAACAAAAUAUGAAUUAAAGCGACUAUUAAAGAAAAUUUAAUCAAAAAUAAUAAUAAGAAUCGGAAUUUAAUGCCAUAAAAGAGAAGGAGGCUCAAGAUUUAUUAUAAAGAUACAAAAAUAUUUUGUUUAAGGAUUAAACGAGAAUGAAGAUAAUAGAAAUGGAAAAAGAUCAAUAAUAGAUGGAUAAAAUAGUAGUAGAACUGGAGAGGUAUAUUAAACAAAUUUUUUCGGUAAAAUUAAAAAGUACUAUAAAAAAUUAAUAAACAAUUAAAAUGAUCAUUAGUGAGGAAGGAAUAUAUAAAAUAAAAUAAUUUGCAUUUAAUUUGAUUUUUAAAAUCAUGUUGACAUCCCAACAAUGA